AUGCAUCCGAAACCUAAUGACACGCACAGCCAAUCGGUGGGGUUUCCUCUGCGAGGCGAGCGAUUUUUGUGCACGCAGAAUGAAGGGGGCGAAUUGACGCACUUUUUCAGCGGGAAUUUGCACGCGGUGGAUUUCAGAUGUCCCGAAGGCACGCCCGUGCUCGCGGUGGGCGAUGGUGAAGUAAUCGAAGUGUGCGACGAGAACACGCUCACUGGAAUCGCGGUGUCGAAUCUAUUCAAAUGGAAUUCAAUCGUGUUAAAGCUCGACGCUCGCUCGACGCCGGAGACGCCGCUGAGAAACGCGAGCGCUGAGUGCGCCACCACGACUGAGGCCGACGUCUCCACGUACGACGUCAGAGGUGGUGAUUUAUUUGUCGAGUACGUGCAUAUUCGCGCCAAGAGCGCCAAGGUUAAGGUCGGCGACCGCGUGCAGCGUGGACAAGUCAUAUGCGAGUCCGGCUCCGUGGGAUUCAGCCCCGAGCCGCAUUUGCACUUUACGGCGUUUCGCUCGGGCGACGACACCGCCGACACCGUGCGCGUCUUGUUCGAAGCGUGCGACACCGGUGCGACAUAUCUCCCGCGCGCGGGUUCGUAUUACACCGAUAGCGUAGGUAAGUGCGCGUAG